AUGAGGGAGCAAGUAGCUAUAUUUUUACAUAUAAUUGGUCAUAAUGUAAAGUUUCGAGUGAUUGGAUCUAGAUAUUAUAGAUCAAUUGAGACAAUUCACCGUUACUUUAGGGUUGUAUUGAAAGCUAUUUUGAAAUUGUAUAAACUAGCUAUUAGAUUACCUGAUGAGCCAACUCCUAGUGAGAUCAGAAACAAUACAAGGUUUUAUCCUUAUUUUAAAGAUUGUAUUGGAGCAUUAGAUGGAACUCAUUUUCGUGCAUCCGUUCCACUUAGCAUUAAAGGAAGAUUUCGUAGCCGUAAAUAUGGGACGACACAAAAUGUAUUGGCUGCCAUUACAUUUAAUUUGAAAUUUUUCGAUGUUCUAGCUGGUUGGGAAGGUAGUGCACAUGAUUCAUGUAUAUUAAGUGAUGCACUUUCACGCCCAAGAGGAUUAAGAAUUCUGGAAGGUAAAUAUUAUCUUGCUGAUGCUGGAUAUGAUAUUCGAAAUGGAUGUAUUACCCUAUAUCGUGGUGUCUGA